AUGAUCGACAUCUAUAAUCCAAAUGUUGCCAAUAGUUUAGUCGCACUCAGAGAUCUGGCUGAGGCCGGGGCCAGGGUUUUGGACGAGCGGGAAGCACACUAUUUCGCUCAGUAUCCGCUGUGCUCGACAGCCCCGAGGUUCCAACUCCCUCCCACUUUUGAAGACAGUGUUGGUAAGCUUCUCAAGCUUUUAUAUACCGGGAACUCGGAGAGCGGCGUGUAUAGUGGGGAUCAUGUGGAUUCGGAUUUGAGAUGGCCGGCCUCAAAAGGGGAUUUACGUCCUGAUAUCACAAGGGAUGAGGCUGAGUGGUUGGUCUUGUUCUAUAACCGGCGUGGAUUGAAAGGGAAUCCCAGUGUUUCGAGGUGGUUGAUUGGGAGGGAGCUCACAACUGUUGAUGAGUGGGUGAAGCUCCAAUUGGGAGGCUAA